AUUUCUGAAAUGUUUUUGUUUCCGACGAUAUAUUUUUCCCGAUUACAGUAUCGUACCAAUUCUGGAUUAUUAUUUUUUUUUUUUGUUGUUGAAGGAUUAUCUAAUGUUCCUGCUCAUCUUGGAAUAAAUAUUUAGUGAGUAUUUUUUAUUUUAUUUUUAAACGUUAUUUGUUCAAUCGGUGAAUGGUCGUUGCAAGACGUCCCUGACACUUUUCUAUGGGUGGAAAAAUGUUUUCAGAACGUGACAGCCCCUAGCUUCCAGUCUUCCCCACUCUGAGUGCUCCCUCAACUCAGAGACUCAAUGCAACUGGACCAGGGGGCUUAUGGGUAUGAAGUGGCUGGGCCAAUCCAAGAGCAUGGUGUUGAAUGGCAGCAGGUACUCUACCAGUGAGCAGCAGCCCGUGAGCCAGAGCCAGACCCGCUCCCAGCAGCAGCUACACCCACAGAGGAGCUCUCUCCGACCAGGGACUGGCAGCAGGAGAUGUAGCCGCCGGUUCAGUGCGGCCAGCCUGGAGGCGGAGCGACGCUGUAUCCCGUCCUCUGGGAUGACCGCCAAGGAGCUGUGUGAGCACGAUGACCUCACCACCAGCCUCAUCCUCGACCCUUAUCUGGGCUUCCAGACACACAAGAUGAACACCAGGUUUCGACCAAUCAAGGGAAGACAGGAAGAGCUGAAGGAGAUUAUCGAGCGGUUCAAGAAGCACGACAACUUGGAGAAGGCUUUCAGAGCACUCACCUCUGGAGACUGGUCCAGACACCACUUCCUACACAAGUCUAAAGCCCAGGAGAAGCUCUUCAAACAGCACGUGUUUGUGUAUCUGCGGAUGUUUGCGGCUGACAGUGGGUUUGAGAUUCUCCCGUGUAACCGCUACUCCUCUGAGCAGAACGGAGCCAAGAUCGUGGCCACAAAGGAAUGGAAAAGGAACGAUAAGAUUGAGUACUUGGUGGGCUGCAUCGCCGAGCUGUCGGAGAGCGAGGAGAACAUGCUUCUGCGUCACGGGGAGAAUGACUUCAGUGUCAUGUACUCGACACGCAAGAACUGUGCUCAGCUGUGGCUGGGGCCUGCAGCCUUCAUCAACCACGAUUGCCGGCCAAAUUGCAAGUUUGUGUCGACGGGUCGUGACACGGCCUGUGUCAAGGUGCUAAGGGACAUCGAACCGGGAGAGGAGAUCUCCUGUUACUACGGCGACGGAUUCUUCGGGGAGAACAACGAAUAUUGUGAAUGCUACACGUGUGAACGACGUCUCACUGGCGCGUUCAAAUCCAAGGCCGGGCUGCCGGCGGAGGCUCCGGUGAUCAACAGCGCGUACGGGUUACGGGAGACGGACAAGCGUCUGAACCGGCUGAAGAAGAUGGAGGCAGGAGAAGGCAGCAGGAACUCCGACAGCCACUCUGUGGGCUCCCACACUGACAUAGACUCUCAGGACACACCAAACACACACACAUCUGGAAGGAAAAGGACUUCCUCCAAUAUGAAGUUCAGCAGAACCAGAACUCAAAGCAGAUCGUCUCUUUCCAGAGCACUAACCUCUACCUCACCUUCUAAACAAAGUCACAGAAACACUGGCAGGAUACCAAAGAGACUCCGAUCCAAACCCGCCACGCCUUCGCUCUCCAAGGUCCGGUUGCGCAGUAGAUGCAGCAGGGGCAGAGGUUCGGAGCCCAAAGCGGCGUCGGCCCGAGGGGAGGUGCUGGGUACCACCGGGCCUGGUCGCCUGGGUCUCCGGGAGCCGAGGACGUCGUCGCUGUGUAAGGCGGGCGUGUCGGUGAAGAAGGAGAAGGAUGCACAGGGACCAGCCCAGACAGCACUGGGCCAGCGGGGGUGUCUGACCCGCCAUGCGACCAAGGAGAACAACACCCCGGCAGUCUGCGAGGGCAGCCAGAGCCAACCUUGCACUUCCAGGACUCGCAGGUCCACCAGGACCCUGGUAAAGGUCCAGGACGCUGUAGCCGGGCCAGCUGGGGUUAAACUGGAGCCUGGGGGCCUGGAGGGCCACGGCACCGUCCCUGGAGGGGUGGAGAUUAAAACGGAGCCUGCUGACCUGGAGCAGUACCUGGGCCAUGGGUUGGGCUCGGAGCUGGGCGGAGGUGUGGGUGCUGGCUACACGAGCAGAGGGGUCUGUACCAGACGCAGCCAGCUCACCCAGCUCCGGCCCGAACGGACGAUAAAGCGCGAGGACUCGUCGUACGGCGAGCUGUUCCCGCCGGUAGGGGUGGCCCCGGUGGCGUCCUCCCAACAACCCCGUCACCACCACAGUACUGCCGACACUGCAGACUGCAACAAGAUGCUGCUGGGCCUCUCUGUCCCAGAGCACCACUGGGACUACAAGGGGAGCGAAGCCCUCCGGAGGGACAAAGGGAAGAAGAAACAGAGGAUCACGCGCUACGACGCCCAGCUGAUCCUGGAGAACAGUGGAGGGAUCCCCAAACUGACGCUCCGCCGGCGCAGAGACAGCAGCAGCAGCAAGACCAACGAGCCCAGCGAGCCAAUCAGCACGCAGCAGCAGGCUAGCAGCACCACCACGACGCCGCAGCCUACCGCCCAACCCCCGGUCAACUCCUCUUCGUCAUCCUCCUCCUCAUCAACGUCCAAGAUCAGCAUUAUGUUCAGGAAGGACCCGUCUCAGGACAGGGAGAAGGGCAGUUCCUGCAGCUCCUACCACGUGUCCAAGCUGAACGGGUUUGGGCCUCCCGGGCUCCACACCACCAGCAGCUCCACCAAGCUGAAGAUCCAGCUGAAGAGGGAGGACGACGGACGGGCCCAGACGCACACUGACAACAGGGGGGACAAGGAGGGCUGCGGUCUGGGUGUUGGGGCCUUCGGCCUGGAAGCCAGGAAUGGUGGGAACCACGGAGGGCACAGGAUACAAAACAUUGUGGUAGAUGAGUCUUCGUCUGAUGAGGAGGAGGAGGAAGAGGAGGAUGACGACGAUGACUACUUUGACGAUGAGUUUGAGGACGAUUUCAUUCCACUCCCACCGGCGAAGCGGUUGCGUCUCAUCGUGGGGAAAGACUCAAUAGACAUCGAUAUCUCAUCUCGGAGGAGAGAGGACCAGUCUCUGAGGCUAAACGCCUGAUAAAGCUCUCUGAAUGGAGUUCAUAUCUGAUAUCUCAUCCCGGAGGAGAGAGGACCAGUCUCUGAGGCUAAACGCCUGAUAAAGCUCUCUGAAUGGAGUUCAUAUCUGAUAUCUCAUCCCGGAGGAGAGAGGACCAGUCUCUGAGGCUAAACGCCUGAUAAAGCUCUCUGAAUGGAGUUCAUAUCUGCGUCCCAAAUGUCAAACUGUUCCCUGUGCAGUGCACUACUUUGUAUGUGGUAAAUAGCAGGACACUAGGUAGGGAAUAGGGUGCCGUUUUGGGACGCAGUCCAUCACUCCACCUUUACAUGUACAGAAAACACUUGACUCACUAAUCAACUGUUGUGUUGAUGUUUAAAGAAGUACAGUCAUUUAAAAAUUAAAAAUUAAAACUUUAAAAGUUGGAACAAAAAAAAAAAAAAAAAAAAGCGAAUCAGAAGGAAGAUGUUUGUAUAAAUGAAAAGUGAAUGCACUUCUGUCAUGAUUAAUAUUCAUAAUGAACUUGAAUAUUGUAGAAGGUGUACAGAUAUUAUGGUGACUAUCCUCUGUCCCACAGACAGACUUUAUUGAACUUUUUAUUUUAGAUUUUGUCUCACAGUACGCAAUUCUAAACUCUGUUGGCAAACCAGACUUUUUGUUUUUAUUUUUAAUUUAGUUUUUGUAAAAAACCCAUAUUAUAUGGGGAUAUGGGUCCAGUAACGUUCUGAUCGGGAUCAAUCCGUUCAGUUGUAGUAAUAAUGACAGGUUUCUAUAACCGUUCAACUCAUGAAUGAAGUCAGUCCCACCAACACACUGGAAUCAUAGUGGGUUCUAUCAGCUGCUCAUCGGGGUUGAGCUCCAUUCCAAUUCCGGAAACAAACAGGAAUUCCGAAUUGGAAUUGGAAUCUCAGUUUGCUUCCUUGUCUGAAUUGAAAUGGAAUUGAGUCCAACCCUGCUCCUCCUGUCCUCCUGGCUGUGUUUUUUGUUAUUCUCUAAGAGAACGUUGACCCUGGCUGCAAUAUCCCAAUGUGUUUUAAAGCUCACACAGUACUGUUUACAGCAUGAUGGGUAAAAUGGGUCAUUGACAAGCCAACAAAUGGACCAAUGUUUUGGUAAUUUUUAAGCUUCAUUUCUGAUUUCUGGAGCCUCUGAUUUGGUUUUGACUAGAUCGUAUACAGCUACGGACAUAAUUAACUUCCUAGCAGGUUAGGAGAAUUAGGUUAAAGGUUAGGAAACGGGUUGGAGUUAGCUGAAAUGCUAAUAUUCUACCCGACUCCAACGUGCAACGUUUAAUAUUUUUGCUGUAUACCAGGGGUGUCAUACUCAUUCCAUGGAGGGCCAAAGUGUCUGCUGUUUUUGUUGGUUGUUCCUUUAAGACCUCGACAACCAGGUGAAGGGAGUUCCUUACUAAUUAGGUGACCUUGAUUCAUCAAUCGAGUACAAGUGGAGGAGCGAAAACCUGCAAUACACUUUAGCCCUCCAUAGAACACACGCUGUAUACCGUCUAGCCACAAGAGGGGUGGUUUAACGUUUGAAACACUAAUCAGUUGAAUGAAUACACGGCGUGUACGCUGUGUGCUGUUUUUAAACACGUCAUCAGGAAGUAACACAAAGAAGACCAGAAGUCAGGUGACAGAAAGACUGAAUCAUGUUCUGGAAAACGAGUUCAAACUCACUAUUUAGUUGUUGUUUUUCUCAGAUCCAAAUCAGACAUAAAUGAACACAUGACAACUUCAUAGAAUAUUAUCCCCAACGAAAUUAGUCAUUUUCACAAACAGUAUUAGGUGCCUUACAAACAACUCUUGGGGUAUCUGUUGAAGGCCUAGUUUUUUAGAAAAAAUUAUUAUCAGAAGGUGAAGAACUGUAGGUCGUCCCUCGGUAACUGUAACUAUGGGAACACUUUCUUCCCCCCCCCAGUCUUUCUGUAUAGUCUUUCUAUUUGAGUUAUUUUAGGGCUGGUUUCCCAGACAUAUUCAGACUAGCCUCGAUCUACCAAGCUAUUCUCCAUCGACCGUGUUUUGUUUUUAAAGUCUUUAAUCCUUGUCUGGGAAACCCGUCUUUUGAGUGUGGAAGUACUGAACUGCCAAAUGUAAUCAAGGGAUCAGCUGAGAUGAAUGUUAACUCCACUUUCUGUUGUCCUGUACUGUUCAUAUCACCAGCAAGCAGCGAAUCACAGUGAUAAACAAGGGUUGUGUUCAUGAAGGCACAAAAAGAGGAGGGGAGGGGGGCGGGGGCUUCACUGAAAUGGGAGGGGGCUUCCUUGACUUGUCCAAUAAGAAAUUGUCACUUUUUUUUCUGUUGCAAAACAUUUUCUGUUGUGUGCCCUAAUGAACACAACCCUGGCUAUACGUGUACCUCCCCCUGUAUGAGCAUCAGUCACUCUCCAUUCUGUACUGUUCUCCAGGUGUUACUGUGUGAUCUUAUGUUCAAUAGCCAGCUGUCGACAUUUCUGAUUGGAUGAAAUUCAAUAACAACAACAACAAACAAACAAACAAAUGAAAGAAAUGUGAAUCGUUUGCAGACAUUUUUAGUGUUGAGUUGAGUUAGUGGGGGAAAACACACUUAAAAACAGACCUUUAAACCGGAGCAGUGCUUUUAUGUCCAGUAUGUAAAAUCAAAAAUCACGUGAACACACCCUGUACUUAUUUAACCGUUUUGGAAUACUUGAAAACAUAAAGCUUCUUUGUGAGAAUAAACUAUUUUUCUGUG